AUGUCUGCAGUCCAGUCCGUGCUUCUCUACGGCUCUGAGGUGUGGGCAGACGCGCUUAACAAGGAGGCGUAUAGGUUGAGGCUCGCACGAGUGCAGCGCACUUUUCAGAUGUGGCAAGAAAGCUGGGAAAGGGAGACUCGAGGACGUUGGACUGCCAGACUCAUCAGGCAGGUCCAACCGUGGGUAGAACGGCGGCACGGUGAGGUUGACUAUUACCUCACGCAGUUCUUGUCAGGUCACGGCUAUUUUCAGUCGUACCUGCACUUGAUGGCCAAAACGAAUUCACCUGACUGCAUUUACUGCCCAUGCAUUCCCGACGACGCGGAACACACUUUUUUCCACUGUCCACAAUGGGAUAUGCUUUGCCAGGAGGCCAUUCAACAUCUUGGGGUGCUGUCGAUUGAAUCGAUCUGUGAGACCUUGCUGAAGGGUGAGGACAACUGGGACUGCUGGUCGCACUUUGUCCGGAAUGUCCUUCAAGCUUAA